AUGACUCGGGAAACGGUGUUUCCCAUCAACCCGAGACGCAUCUCCUAUCUCUUCGUCGAACCCAUAUCGACCGUAGCAGAGAUCUUGAGAUAUUACAUUGAAGCCAUCCCUUCGAAUCAUACGGUAGCCAUGACGAAAUUCGUCUUUGCCAACUCAUCCGACAAGGUUCCCGGCGAGGGGAUCCUUCCCGCCGAGUUCACCAUCACGGCAGGCCCUUCCACAGAUGUAUGGUCGAAGCCCCCCUCGACAGAGACCUUCAACGCGCCCAUUCUCUACCAAACUGUGCCAUUGAAAUCGUUCAAGCGGAUCAGAGUGGCUUUCAAUGCCCUCUGGCAGCAGAAGUAUGACCAGGGCGGAGUGAUCUUUGUCCUGAACGGCACCGGAGGGACCAGGAAAUGGGUCAAGACCGGCAUCGAACUCACCAACGGUAGACCUCACCUGAGCACUGUCACCAAGGACCGAUGGGCGGACUGGAGUCUACAGCCGGUGCCGUCCGGAGGGGGUGCGGCGACGCUGGAGCUUGUUCGAGAGUCAGACAACAGUCUGUGGAUAUACCUGGUGGAGGGCAUCCAGAAGUCGCCUCUCCGCGAGGUCACCUGGAUCUUUGAGGAGCCGGACGUCCAAGAAUUCUGGGUUGGAUUAUAUGCGGCGCGUCCUUCGACAGAAGGCGGGGAUUUAGAGGUAAAUUUCGGCCAUGUGGUGGUCGACUUGACGGAGUGA